AUGGAGCAGAAUCUGACGAGGAAUGUGAAUUCACCUGCACAUUCUGAUUCAAUUUCGUCAGCAUCAUCAACGGCUGGGAUUAAGAGGGAUUUUUUGAUCCCGGCGCCGAAAGAGAGUAGUAUAAAGAUGUUUUCGCCAGCGUAUUAUGGCGCCUGCACGGCUGGAGGGAUACUAAGUUGUGGGCUCACUCAUAUGGCUGUCACCCCACUUGAUCUCGUCAAGUGUAACAUGCAGAUUGAUCCUUCAAAGUAUAAGAGCAUUAGCUCUGGUUUUGGAAUUCUUCUGAAGGAGCAGGGAGUUAAAGGCUUUUUCAGGGGUUGGGUACCAACCCUGCUUGGAUACAGCGCACAGGGAGCUUGCAAGUUUGGAUUCUAUGAAUUUUUCAAGAAGUACUACUCCGACAUUGCUGGUCCCGAGAAUGCCGCCAAGUAUAAGACAUUGAUCUACCUCGCAGGAUCUGCAUCAGCAGAACUCAUUGCCGAUGUUGCCCUUUGUCCAUUUGAGGCGGUUAAGGUUCGUGUCCAGACUCAACCUGGCUUUGCCAGAGGCUUGUCUGAUGGAUUCCCCAAGUUUGUUAGGGCUGAAGGCGCUGCUGGACUCUAUAAGGGAAUUGUUCCACUCUGGGGACGCCAAAUUCCAUAUACAAUGAUGAAGUUCUCCACUUUCGAGAAUAUUGUGGAACAAAUAUACAAGCAUGCCAUCCCUACUCCAAAAGAGCAGUGCAGCAAAAAUUUGCAGCUUGGUGUUAGUUUUGCCGGUGGCUAUAUGGCCGGAGUAUUAUGUGCUAUCGUGUCACACCCUGCUGAUAACUUGGUGUCAUUCCUCAACAAUGCCAAGGGAGCAACAGUUGGUGAUGCUGUGAACAAGCUAGGCUUAUGGGGUUUGUGCACCCGAGGUCUUCCUCUUCGUAUAGUCAUGAUCGGGACCCUUACCGGAGCUCAAUGGGGCAUCUAUGAUGCUUUCAAGGUUUUUGUUGGCCUGCCUACUACCGGAGGUGGAAGUCCUGCUCCUGCAAAGAACUAA